CUGCCAGCCUGCCGUGCCAGGUUAAGCACCCCUGCUGGUGCCUCAACAAAAGCGGGCUGAGCUGAGCUGAGCUGAGUGCUGAGAGGCUCCACUCAGUUCCUUGCUUGCCUGCCCACCAUCCUCCUCCCCCGUUAUCUCUUCCUUCUCCCGGCCUCCUGCUCUCUGCAUCUGCUGCAAAGGUGGCAAAGCCAAGCUUCUUAAGGCAUCCUGCCAGCCAUAGCAGCACAAGAAUUUGCAUCUAUCCAGAUGUCGACGGUGGUCAUGAGGGUGGAUCUCGAGUGCGACAAGUGCUGCAAGAAGAUUAGGAAGGUCCUCUGCAAGGUCCAAGACAAAGUGAGCAUCAGGACCAUCACCUACGACGAGAAGAGCAGCACGGUGGCGGUGUCCGGGCCCUUCGACGGCGACGAGGUCGCGGACCGGCUCACCUCCGACGCCGGCAAGGUCAUCACCGACAUACACGUCGUUGGGUCCGGGCUCGGAGGCGGAUCAGGGAAGCAGAAGCACGCCGCCAACGCCAACGCCAAGGCGCCCAAGCCCGGGAAGGCCAACGGCCACGGCCACGGGCACGCGCAGGGCCAGGGGCAUGGCGGGCACGGCGGUGGAGGCCACGGCGGCGGCAAGCCGGAGAAGAAGCACGUCAAGUUCGACGACGACGACGACAUGGACGACGACUUCGACUUCGACAUGGGCAAGAAGCCGGCGGCGGCCGGCGGGCACGGCCACGGCGGCGGCGGCGGCAAGCCGAAGAUCGUGACCACCAACACCCCCGUGGCGGCGCGGCUGGAGGCGCCCCGCACCGGGCCCUCGAUGUCGAUGGCCACGCCCGCGCCCGUGCGGUUGCCGGGGAUGAUGGCGCCGAUGAUGCCGCAGCAGCCGCAGGCCAGAUGGACGGCACCGCCCGCCCCCGAGUGGGGCUACAGCACGCAGCCGUACGGCAGCUACAGCGGCCCGCCGGCCGGAGGGUACUACGGCGGGCCCGCGCCCGCGGCGUACGGCCACGCCGCGUACGGGCCGUCGCCGUACGGCUACGGCAGGAGCCCCUACGGGCAGCAGUACUACGAGGAGGAGCCCAGCGCCGGGUGCAGCGUCAUGUGAUCAGAUCAGCUCAUGGCUGCCCGGCGGCAAGGACGGAGGACGGGAGGAGGACGGUUAGUUAAUUCUGUACUUCUGUUUCUGCAGGUGAAAGAUUCAGCAGGAAGUCUUUCGAUUUCCGAGAUACAUACAGUAUAUGAAAGAUCUGCAACCUCGUGAUGUUUGUUCAAUAUUGUAAAAUUCCUGGUAGUAUAUGUUAGGGUGUAUAUUUUUCACUUCCUUUUGCUUUGCUUCAGUGUUGGGUGUGUGUGUGAAUACGUUGUCUUUGUAAGUUUGUAUUCUAUUGGUGUAGUAUUUUGGAGAGAUUAAACUUUGUCACAGCAAGUGGGCAGGUGUUUAAGUGUAGGACAAAGCGCGCCCUCUCCAAUGUAAAGAUGAACAACCGUAUGCACGCUACUCUUGCUGUCUCUGUUUUUUUAUACUAUAUAUAUCUCACAAAUCAUUUGGACA